AUGUCAGCCUCAGUAAUACCCGGCCCCGACGAGGAAGAGCGGCCGUCAUGCUCGUGCUGCGGACCGCUCACGUCGUUAAUCCAGCCCGUGGACCUGUCUGAGAUGGAAGACCGUGGCCACGGUUUUCUUCAGAAUGUAUUCUGUCUUCCGCCGCCGUUUGGCCCCCUCCUCUUUGACAACGAGACGAGUGACUGUCGCGAUCACUGUGCCAACGAGCGAACCUUCCUCUCCUACCUCCGUCUCUCCAUGUACAUGUCCAUCGUCGCCGUGGCCAUCGUAUUAUCCUUCCACCUGCGCAAGACCGCCACCGAAGUCGAACUGCGCAUGGCCCGCCCGCUGGGCGCUAUCUUCUGGGCGUUAUCCGUCAGCUGUCUUGGUGUAGGUAUUGCGAAUUACACAAAAACCGUCAAUAAAUACAGCCGUAGGGCUGCCAUUGUGCAAAGUGGAUGGAAAACGCAAUUCGUCAUGGGCGCGAUAGCUACGUGUAUUGUCGGAUCGUGUAUAACGUUACUCGUGGUCAACAAGUUGACCGAGCGAGCGGAUGAAUAA